UGUGGUUGUAAAUGUGUGUGUUCUUGUGUUCAGAUGUCUGUUUCCUCACACUGGAUCCAAACACAGCACAGACUGAACUCAUUCUGUCUGAGGAGAACAGAGAGGUGAAGUGUGUGUUAGAGGAUCAGCCGUAUCCUGAUCAUCCAGACAGAUUUGAUGGUGUUUAUCAGGUGUUGUGCAGAGAGAGUGUGUGUGGACGCUGUUACUGGGAGACUGACUGCAGUGGAGAUGAUGCUGUGUGUAUAUCAGUGUCAUAUAAGAGCAUCAAGAGGAAGGGAGGUGUUGAGUCUUGUUUUGGAUAUAAUUCUCAGUCCUGGAGUUUGUUCUGCUCUUCCUCCAGUUUCUCAUUCAGACACAAUCACACACACACUGAUCUCCCAGUUGUUCCGCUCAGCAGGAGAAUAGGAGUGUUUGUGGAUCACAGUGCAGGAACUCUAAUCUUCUACAACAUCUAUAGAGACACAAUGAGCCUCAUCCACUCAGUCCAGACCACAUUCACUGAGCCGCUCUGGCCUGGGUUUGGGCUUUAUUAUCCUGGAUCAUCAGUGAAACUGAGCUGAAGACUGACGAGAGAUUUACCCACAAUCCUCUGCAGGAGCAGUCAGCAGCUGUGUGUGUGUGUGUGUGUGUGUGUGUGUGUGUGCGUGUGUGUGCGUGUGUGUGUGUGUGUGAGUGUGUGUAUUACAAUAUCCUUCAACUACACAUUUACACAAUUAUUAAACAUUAAAACAAAUCUUUCAAAUAAAAACACAGGUGGUCUUCAAUGAUUACACACAAAGCCCCUUU